CCGUGGGAUUUGUUUGCAGCAGCCGAAAAGUGGCCGAAAAAGUUAUCAGCUUUGCUGUGUAAAGCUGUGGUCACCUCACCAUCCAUUUGGCCACCGCGUUGUGCGUGGCCAUCUCGUGUAUUUCGUCGUAGCAAACCGUGUGCGUAAAAGUUGGUCAAGUGGGUUGCGAAAAACAGGGUCCGUCUGGUGCUGCUUCUUCGGGCCUUUGUAGCGCAUGUGAAAAGUGCUGCAAAAUCAUCCGCAUCAUCUUUGCGCACCCCCCCAAAACACAGGCGGAAGGAACUCUAGCAUCCUUCCCCGGAGCGGAUUCGUAUCGUAUCCUACCCGCAGGAAAAACUGCGUUCCGGAAGGAAAGGCAAAAACAGGCCAAACAACGACGACACAGCCAACAAGGUUCAGCAGCAUUCCAGAGUCUGUCUGCAUCGGUUUUAUGGUUUUUGGAGUACAUCGCUUCGCAUUGCUCUGGAUGAUUCCUCUGCAGAACGUGUACCAAAAUAAACGACAAAACGACAUCGAGACACCACUUCUUCUUAAUACAGUGAACUGAACUCGCUCCGUGAUCGAGUUCCUCCUCCGAUAUCGACGGGUAGCUAAAACAGUGAAGUAACACGGUGAAGUGCAACAAUCGAAGCGGCUUCACGUGUGUGGCGAUGAUUACCGGCAACUUACCGGGUUAGUGUUCGCAUAAGUUACACAGAGAGAUUAACAACGACAGUCCAAACCAAACCAAAAUAUUUAAUCCGUGCGACUCGUUUCGGCCGAUGGUGGUGAAGUGCGUGAUAAGAAGUAAUUGAUCAGCAAAAAGAGCCAGUGCACUGAGUGUUGGCCAGAGUUUAAUCGAAAGUUUCGUGAAACACCCAGAAGUCGAUACAGUGGUGCCGCCCCAAAGAGAGGGGAAUUAAGGAAAGAGAGAAUCUUGUGGCGCCCGCGUGCGUCAGUGUGUUGUUGAGUAUUGGGUCCGGCCGAAGCCUAGCUGGCGUGCACGACGGAUCAAUAUUUGGAAGCAGCAGAGGACACCCGGGUCGACCAACGGGACAUCGGUUAUCAAUAUUUACCAGCAGAUCAAAACAUGAAAAUGGUGUUGUCACAACGGCAGCGCGAGGAGCUUAACCAAGCGAUUGCCGAUUAUCUGGGAAGCAAUGGGUAUACAGACGCACUGGAGGCCUUUCGGAAGGAGGCCGACAUGCCGAACGAGAUCGAGCGAAAGUACGGCGGGCUGCUGGAGAAAAAGUGGACCUCCGUCAUCCGACUGCAGAAGAAGGUGAUGGAGCUGGAGGCGAAGCUGUCCGAGGCCGAGAAAGAAGUGAUCGAGGGCGCCCCGACCAAGGCGAAGCGUACGCCGAGCGACUGGAUACCGCGGCCACCGGAAAAGUUUUCCCUCGCCGGCCACCGGGCCACGGUGACGCGCGUCGUCUUUCAUCCGGUCUUCAGCAUGAUGGUGUCGGCGUCGGAGGACGCCACGAUCAAGGUGUGGGACUUUGAGACGGGCGAGUACGAGCGCACGCUCAAGGGCCACACCGACUCCGUGCAGGAUCUUGCGUUCGACUCACAAGGGAAGCUGCUGGCUUCCUGUAGCUCCGAUCUGUCGAUCAAACUGUGGGACUUUCAGCAAACGUACGAGUGCGUUAAGACAAUGCACGGUCACGAUCACAACGUGUCGUCGGUUUCGUUCGUGCCGGCCGGCGACUUCUUGCUCUCUGCGUCGCGUGACAAAACGAUCAAGAUGUGGGAGGUGGCCACCGGGUACUGCGUGAAAACGUUCACCGGCCACCGGGAGUGGGUGCGCAUGGUGCGCGUCAACGUCGACGGUUCGCUGAUGGCGUCCUGCUCAAAUGAUCACUCGGUACGGGUAUGGCAAACGAACUCAAAGGAGUGCAAGGCUGAGCUGCGAGAGCACGAAAAUACGGUAGAAUGCAUCGCCUGGGCACCAGAAUCGGCUGCAGCGGCAAUAAACGAGGCGGCCGGAGCGGACAACAAAAAGGGCGCCCAUCAGGGCCCCUUCCUGGCGUCCGGGUCGCGAGACAAAACGAUCAGGGUCUGGGACGUCAGCUCCGGUUUGUGCCUGUUCACGCUGGCCGGCCACGACAAUUGGGUGCGUGGUAUCGUGUUCCAUCCCGGCGGCAAGUACAUGAUUUCGGCGAGCGACGACAAAACGCUGCGCAUCUGGGAUCUGCGCAACAAGCGCUGCAUGAAGACACUGUACGCUCACUCGCACUUCUGCACAUCGCUGGAUAUGCAUAAAUCCCAUCCUUACGUCAUAUCCGGCAGCGUGGACACGACGGUCAAAGUAUGGGAGUGUCGCUAAGUCAAGUCAAGUAUAAUAUCGCUACCAACAAGAACAACAACAACACAGCUAUUCUACAGUUUCUUCUCCCACACAGCAGCAGCAGCAGCUUCUUUUGAGAUAGAGUAGUAAUGGGAGGCGUCCAGGCGUGUCCAUGCCCUAGUUGCGCGUUUUAUUUUCGCUCUCCUCCGAUCGGAAGCAACCAAUGAUUGAGAGGAACACGAUCACCUUGAUCACCACCACAGCACCAGCACAGCUUGUAGUUCUCGGUUCAUUCGGUUCGGAGCGCAAUCGGAGGGCGGCAAGAUCACUUUCUUCUCCUUCUCGCGUGAGGUAGACUCUUGGCUCCGAACCGCGAAGGGAGGUUUUUUAGUUCAAUAUUAGUACGUUUUCGUUCGUCCUUUUUCCGUUUCUUUUACUGAUAACAAUGAUCCGACCCAGAAGUGAUAAAGGAUUGAAAUGCUCGUUUAAAACAGCGAAAUGCUUGUGCUGUGUUGUGCGCAGAGUCGCAGAUCAUUAGGAAGUGUUUUCAUUUCGCUCUUUGCGCUACAAGAACAUUGUUAAAGACGCUACUCACAAUGCAUCAAAAUAGUGACACUAGAAAACACACACGUAUAGGCGGUACAUCAUAAACACACACAAGUAAAUACAACAAAAGUAAUACUUAUUGUUAGCAAACUCUACAAUUACAGACACAUGAUGAUGCAGUAAUGAAACGUAAAGUUUUUUGCAUAAGGAGCGCGCGAGCGCAGUGCAGCAGCAGCCGGCUUCUGUUGCUGCUGCUGCUACUGUGAUCCUUUUCUCACGUUGGAUCCCUAGUUCCCCACUUAUUGGGCUACGGCUGAAGCGGACACACUCGUUGCUCCUCGUACGAAGAAACGGUAGAACCAACCGGUUUGAUAGGGAUAACAUUUGUGGAUCAUAAACGUAUACACUUUGUGUGACCACCCCGGCUUAGGACUCAGAGAAUUGCUCAGUUUGGAAGAGAGACAACGGAACGAAACACAUUACGAAUAACCCUUAUUCUUAUCUUAUUAAUGCGCGCGCUACACACAUUUCGUGAGCCGCGAUCGUACCCCGGGAGGAUCAUACGUCAUAUUGCGCGCGCCACCACCACAGAUCUGUUGCUAGCGAGAAGAUCAAGCUGUAGAAGAGAGAUGGAGAGAAAGAGUACGAUCGAGAGACAGUGUGCCAGCUGCGCAAAACAUCGAUCCUUACCACCAGCACCGGUCAGCAGCAGCAGCAGCAGCAGCGUGUACCCCAAGGAUCAUCGCAUCGCGUCUCUGUGUGUUGCGUGCAUCUCGUGCGUCGAUUCUUCUCCGUUCGUCACAGCCCUUCCGGGGGUCACGAUGUGGUGUGCUAUAUGCCGGGCACUCUCUCGUUUAUGCGCGCCACCACCGUGCUACAAUUGGUCACACCGCUUCGCUUCUUCUUCGCACGUUGGCCGCGGUUGGCCAGCAGGAACGCGAUGGAUGCGUUUGUUGAAUUGAACGAUAUGUACAUAAAUAUUGUCUUCAUGUUUUGCUUUGCCGUAGAGAGUGUGGACCACCACGAAAUCUGUCCUCCCCGUAUUGAAAUGCUCUCGGAACUCUCACGGUGGAGAGGACUUCGUGCUUAACAUCUGAACAGCAAAUGCAUUGGGCGUCGUUACCGCAACGAAAGCAAGCGCACGGAGAAUGUGUUUUAUUUCACUUCCGUUCGCUCUCUCUCACUCACUCUCUAUCUCUGUUUAUUGGUUCCGUUUCCUUUCUUGUACCUUUGUUCCGUUUUGUGAUUUUAUCGUAAGUUUUUGCUACACUCAUCCGAAUGAAGUUAUAUUUUAAUUAAGCCCCCUCGAAUGGGGCCGGCGCCCAGCUGCCCAGGUUUUCGGGUGGCUGUUCGCGGGGUCAGGCUGUAAUAGUAGAAUGAAGUGUAAAGCGAAUGUAUGUUCAAGCCAAAUACACACUUUCCGUCUGACACGGGCCACCGUGUCGGAUAGGAAGCGGCUCCGUAUUGUACAUAGAAGUCUGACGCGUGGUCACUGGGGGUUUCUUUACCAGGUCCCUGCCCCCCCAAAACGGACACACUUUUCCCCACAAGAGUGUGCUUCGACGAAGCGCACACUGCGGAUAGUCCACAUUGUAAAUAUUUAAAGCACACGCAAUACAACGUGUUGAGCUGCGCGCAUAUACACCGUUCGAACUCCUCGUCAUCGGCGUGUGAACUCGGAGCAAGAAGAGACAACAGAGAGUGCCAACCACAGCAACUGGUGCCUCCAAGAAGACACACUACCUCCGGCGCACCGUGAGCGCUGGUAGCGAUCCCGAUCGGUCGGGAACAUCCGUUACCGGACGUGGACGUGGCUGCCCCCCGGAGCAGUUAGUGUGUGUUGCGUGUGGCGUAAACGCGAGCGUGUGCAAUUGUUUCAUAAACUAUAUUUAAAUUAUUAAACUAUUUCUAAACGCGAUGAAGCAAACCAACAACCAAGCAAAAGAAAAACGAACGACCGACCGCGCGAACAGCGCUCUACAAAUAUUAUCUAAAACUGCUAACUACUACAGUUUAUUACUACUUAUAUUACAAAAAAAAACCAUUGGCGCGCAGAGCGUCGUCAGAACUCCUCCGUACCAUCAACAACGGAGCGUGACCUCCAGCAGAGUGGUGGCCCCCACAACAAUAGCUGCUGUGGACAGCCCAGCAACACGGACGGAGUCGGAUGGGUGCGAUGAAAGUGUAUCAAACGGCGGUAAUCGGGCCACGCCGGUUUCGGGUGGGUUGCUCCUGGAAAAGGAAGACACAAACGGCGGGCGGGCGCACGGCUUACGAUUUUGUUUUAUUUGCCCACGGUAAAUAAAAUUUAACAUCUUAGCGCCGAAGACGACGAUGACGCCUUCGCCACUGCUGGAGGGGGCCGGAGGGCCAUUCGGGACGCACGCAGCAGUGUAAGGAUUGCGUGUUAUUAGUUAGUACAGGAACCGGUCCCCGGUCCGUGGUGUUGAUGGACGAGGCGGGAGUAUGAUUUGGGAAGCGAAAAAAUAUAUAUAAAUUAAAAUUAACAUCAUCAAACAGUGAACUGCGCGUGAGAAGAGAGAGUGCAAAUAUAUUUAAAGUUUUAUUUUCUCUCUCUUUUUUACAAUAUUAUCGGCCUCCGCGGAGGCACGGAUUGAGGCCAGAGCUAGUGGAAUUUGAAAUACAGAUACAAUAGU